UGACGGGGCCCCUCUGGCCGGCAGGCAGUGGCGCAGUGCGCGUCGGGAAGGCGGCGGGCUAUCCGGUCCUCGGCUGCGGCGGGCACCAUGGUCGGUGGCGAGGCGGCUGUCGCAGUUGAGGAGCUGGUUUCGGGGGUGCGGCAGGCGGCCGACUUCGCGGAGCAGUUCCGCUCCUACUCAGAGAGCGAGAAGCAAUGGAAGGCCCGCAUGGAAUUCAUCCUGCGCCACCUGCCCGACUACCGCGACCCGCCCGACGGCGGUGGCCGCCUGGACCAGCUGCUCUCCCUCUCCAUGGUCUGGGCCAACCAUCUCUUCCUAGGCUGCAGUUACAAUAAAGACCUUUUAGACAAGGUGAUGGAAAUGGCCGAUGGGAUUGAAGUGGAAGACCUGCCACAAUUUACUACCAGACGUGAAUUAUUGAAAAAGCAUCAAAGCUAAGCCAGAAGAUUUAUCACAUUUUCAUCAUCAGCUACAGGAUUAGAAAGGAGGCUGGGAUGAAUGUGACAUAGACCACAGCAGCUCUCUUAAGACUUCUGGUAUUACCAACAUAAAGAGGCAGGUGGAAUGAGAAGGACUCUGUCUAGAUUGGCUUUUUUAACAUUCUCAUUUUCCCAGGAGUUAUCACUGUAAAAGUAUGCAUGGAUAUUUAUGUAUUUAUAAAUCAUGCACUGUAAGAUGAGUUCAUCAACAUUGUAAAAGCCCUCUUUUCUGUUUUCAGUUUUGUUUUGUUUUUUUUUUCUUACCGACAAGGUCUCACUCUGUUGCCCAGGCAGGAGCACAAAGGUGCAGUAUUGGCUCAUUGCAGCCCCGGACUCCUGGGCUCAUAUUUUCAGGGUUUUUUGUUUUUUGUUUUGUUUUUUUGAGACAGAGUCUUGCUCUGUUGCCCAGGCAGGAGUGCAGUGGCGCGAUAUAUUUUCAGUUUUUAAAUGUCAGAAUUUUUAUUUAAAAUGCCUUUUUGGGCUGGGCACAGUGGCUCAUGCCUGUAAUAAUCCCAGCACUUUGGGAGGCCGAGGUGAGCAGAUCACCUGAGGUUAGGCGUUUGAGACCAGCCUGGCCGACACGAUGAAACCCCGUCUCUACUAAAAAUACAAAAAAAAUUAGCUGGGCAUGGUGGCGGACAUCUGUAAUCCCAGCUACUCAGGAGGCUGAAGCAGAACUGCUUGAACCUGGGAGGUGGAGGUUGCAGUGAGCCAAGAUCACACCAUUGCACUCCAUCCUGGGCAACAAAAGUGAAACACCAUCUCAAAAAAAAUAAAACAGUAAAGUAAAA